CACUGUCGCGUCGCAAGUUGCACAUCGUCUUUAUCAUCCAUCCACCAACAAUGGCAUCCAAAAUAUGCCAAAUACGCCUCUCACCAAGCAAAAUCACCCACCGCCUCCUAACCACACCAACCAGCAGACCCAAUGCCAUCCUCAUCUACCGUAUCCCCUCGCUAUCCUCGCUAUCGCGCCGAUGCAACUCCACGUCAAGCAGCGCCGCCUCCAACGCUGCCCGUCUCGCAGAAGAGCAAUUAAAGCGCGCAGCGCAAGAGAAGCUUCGCAGUGGUAAAGGCUCAGAAAUCGCCGAGAAGCUGCUCAUCUACCAUGCCGGCACGGGCAAAACCACAUUCAUGUCCAUGUUCAAAGUCACCACGCUCUUUGUAACGGCGUUUUUCUGCUUCAUCGCCGUCCCUGCAUACGUCAAAGCCGACAAAGCGCCUCAGGAAACAGCACUAGUUGCGCUGGGUGGCAUCGUGCCUCUUCUCUUCAUUGCAUACACAACGUCGCCCUUUGUAACACACAUGCAUAUCCAUCUGCCUGCACAGGCUCGCGCAUCUCGCGCAGCACUUGAGCGCUUCGUCCGCGCCAUGCCUCAGGAUACUAAACUCACCAUCACCACCAUGAGUCUCAUUGGCAAGCCCCGCUAUAGCAGCGUUGCUGCUGGAGAUCUCAAGCCCGUUAGCCAACGUUUUGGCAUCAUCAACUACGUACGCGACACUACUAAAGAGAACGAAUCGCGCAAGUGGUACCACUUCCGUGCAGUGUCUGGCUUCCAUAUCCCUCCACAGCGCAAUCUCCCAAACCUCGCCGGGCGAGGUAUUUCAUCUGGAGUGCAACAGUCGGUUAAAUUGCAGGCAAAAACAAGAGGAUCGACAACAUCGCCUGCUCCUGCGAAAAAGAAAGAUUUGUUAGAGGCCUGGAUUUGGGAUACAAUCAAGGAGAAGCUACAGCAACGUUCCACUGCCAACGUAGCCUAGAAUCCUUUCUACUAGUGUAAUAUUAUUGUACAGUAUAGAAUAUAUAAUUGCUCAUUUUGGCAUAGGGAAAAUUGUGAUUCAGUAUGUCCAUUGAUAUUGUGCGUUAGAUAUUAAAUGUCCUCAUAUCUCCUCUCCCACCCAGUUGCCUGGAGUCUCAAGACUUUGACGCCAGAGGAAGUAUAUAAACAGAAAUAAACAAAAAGACAUCAUUGCUACAAUUGUAGCAUAUCCAAUCCGUCAACGAAAGCCACCUACAAGCACUGUCAUUUUAGUUUUAUAAUACAUUUCAUCAUGCACGGCCCUCCCAGAUACCAUAGACUGGGCCCGUCACGCUUCAAACUUUCCAACAAAACGCCUAGAUAGGUGUGAUCGUAUAUUCAUAAUCAUUGUAUUUGUUCAUUUGGCGCCGGGUCAAUCAGUAAACCGCGUUUACUCGCGUUUGAUCAUGACCUGCUCAUCGUAGUCCCAGGAUCGCUUCAAGCCACCUUCAUAAACACUGGCCACAGACUCUUGCCACAUUGCGGGAGUGACAAAGUUGGCGGCUCCGGAGUAGUCUUGUGGUGAUAUUUGAUGAUGGACAACAGGGAUUGUGUUGGCGAUAGACUGCACAUCGUGGAUCCCGGGGGCGGCGACUUCUGAGCCUUCGGGUGACAGACCCAUGUUUGCCGAGCUUGUUUGCGACGGAGGCGGAGGAACCGCAAACGUUGUGUUCCAUUGUCUGAAGUGAAAAAGAAAAUAUUAGAUGCUGACAAAAGCGGUAAACGGUACGAAAAUGAAGCUUACUCAAAGAUUUUGGAUGGAUUCCAAUUGUGAUCUGGCACAGCAAGGUUCUGCUGCUGCAUCGCAGCCAAAUGUCCAUUUUGGGGAGUGAGAUCAAUCGUCUGGAUCGACGGUGAUUCGUUUUUGCUGCCCAUGGGUCCUGUAGAAGUGGGAGGUGUUACCGGGAGAGUUCCAUAGGGAGAGAGAAGAGCUGGGCGGGUGUCCAGUGGUGGAUCAAACGAACCUGUAUGGCCAAGUCCUGGGUUAAAUCCUUGGGAAACCUGGGGCGGGCUAGAGAGCGUAGAAGGCUGUGGGCUGCUAUACGGGAACGAGGGCUUCAAAAGGAAGGGCUUCCUGAUAUCCGCGGAGAAGGCGAGUCGAACGGUAUCAACCUGGGCCUGGAGCUCUGGCAUAGGCCACGCUUCCAUUACUUGUUCGACAAUACGCAUGUGUCGUGUGAAAAACUCUCGAGCGUCAGUGUUGAGAUCUGGAUCUGGCGAUACAAUCGCAACCUAGAAAACAGUUAGCAUGAGAUUUCAACCUUCAGUCCGUUAAAACUUCAGCUUACCAGAUGGAUGACGAUGCAAGAGAGACCAGCAUACAAGGGGAAGGAGAACCCUCGCUGGAUACACUGCAAUCCGGUCAAUCCAUACUGCUUCACAACAGCUUCCUGUAGCAAACAGACUGCCUUGGCUGCCUUGUAACUGUGCACCAUGUGCUUUUUCCAAUCUGCGCUGUUUGCGUUGGGAUCGAGGAACGAGAGCGGAGGUCGAUGGAAGAGGAUAAUGGUAAGUUGGUGAUACGAGAGCAGGUUGCCGACAAAGCAGCUGGGAAGCCAUGGUGGUGAGUUAUCUGUUGGAUAUGUCACCGCCAUAUCCUGUGGAAGGUCGGAUGUAAAGGUGCGGAAAGUCUGCUCUAGCUGCUGGAAUUCAGGGUCGAUGCCCCAAUCCUUGCGUUUUCGCAGCCGGCUAUACGACUUGGUCAUGCGUCCAAUGUUGCGAGCCACUCUAGCAAAGUAGACAAAGUUUCGCGAUACGCUGUAUUCAACCUCAUCGCCUCCAGGAAUGGGAGCAGGGACGUUAAAGUCAACAGUAUCCAUGCCUACUCCAAAGUCAUGUCGCCCUUGCGAACCUCCAAUCAUGAUUUCGCAGACAAAGAUCGUUUGCCAAAUUCGGGUCCGCAAGUGGCAGUCGGUUGGGUUGCAAUCACAAUCGUGGCCAAGCUGAUGGUCUUCAUAGUGCUCGUCCAAGCCUAAAUCUUUGGCCAUCUGGAUACACUGCACUACCGUCAUCCAUGAGCGCCAGAAAUACCCACGCUUGGGAGUACCCUCUCGGGCUUUCAAGAUGAUCAACAGCGCCUGUAGCGUGCUAAGGCGAGGAGUAUCCAUGAAUGAAUCGGCA